GUAUUUGUCAGUUGUGUAAAUCGUACUGUGUCAAAAGUCGCUAAUUUAUGAUAAUUAAAAAUCAUAAUAACAAACAAAGGAAAGGCAUUAACAUUUUACGAAUUUACGAUUGCGAAAUUGUGCAAAAUAGUGAUGGCAGUAUAGUUUUUAGAGAUCUGUAAUUUUGUGUUAUCUGCAUUUUUAUAAUUGUCAAAGAGUGGUUUUCUGUCAAAAUCAGCUGGUCGAUAAAUUGUUGUUAAGUGAUAAAUAUUAAUAAUAUUAUGAAUAAAUAUUAGAAGAAUAUCAAAAUGAAAUUUACGAAAAUAUGUCGUCGAUUAAGUUACGAACAUAAGAGUUUGGUGGCACGCGGCUUUUCUACCGUUUCUGAUAAGUGGCAAAGUGUAGUUGGUUUAGAAGUUCACGCACAGUUGAAUACAGAAUCAAAACUGUUUUCCGGUGCUCAGAAUACUUUUGGUGGUGUUGUGAAUAACUGUGUGUCACUAUUCGACGCGGCUGUGCCUGGUACAUUGCCCGUACUAAACAGAAAAUGUGUGGAACUGGGUAUAAUGACUGCUUUAGCUUUAUCUUGCAAAGUCAACGAAGUAUCGACUUUUGACAGAAAACACUAUUUCUAUGCCGAUUUGCCGACAGGCUAUCAAAUUACGCAGCAAAGAAAUCCAUUGGCUAACGAUGGCGUUAUUAAUUUUCAGGUAUUUACUCCGGGAAUUCACAAGAAACCGUACAGAAAGAGUUCAAAGAUUAAGCAGAUACAGCUAGAACAGGACAGUGGCAAGUCAUUGCAUGAUGCGGAACUCAAGCGGAGCCUCAUUGACCUCAACCGCGCGGGAGCUCCACUUAUAGAACUGGUGUUCGAACCUGAUUUGGAGGAUGGCGAAGAAGCGGCGGCUCUGGUUAAGGAAUUGGUGCUGAUUGUGCAAAGACUCGGUGCCUGCACCGGCCGUAUGGAAGAGGGCGCCCUUAGAGUCGACGCUAACGUAUCGAUUAGGCGGCCCGGCGACCCGUUAUCUACUCGCACUGAGAUUAAAAACAUUGGAUCAGUGCGUGGCGUGGCUGGCGCUAUCCGGCAUGAGAUUGAGCGACAAAAGACGAUCCUGGACAAUGGGGGUCACAUUAUCAACGAGACCCGAGCGUGGGACGCGACCGCAAGAGUCACCAUACCUAUGAGAGACAAGGAGGUCGUGCAGGAUUAUAGGUACAUGCCGGAACCGAAUCUACCACCGUUACGCGUCAACUUGAAGACCGACAUAGAGCACAGGGACGUUCUAAGCGUACCUCUAAUACAGGAAAAGAUACCGGAACUUCCAGAACAAUCUAGAAAAAAACUCAUCGAAGACUUUGGACUCCGGCCAGAAACAUCAAUCCAACUAGUCAACGAACCUACACUACUGGACUAUUUCCAAAAUUUAACAUCGGACAAAACCAGGAAUCCAACGAAAGUAGCCAAUUUUUUAAUCAAUGAUCUUAUGACCGUACUUAAUAAAAAGAAGCUAAGUGCAGAUGAUUGUCCCCUUACAGUUAAGCAACUAAAAGAACUGACUGACAUGCUUUUGAGUAAAGACAUUAAUUUAGAAAUAUGUAGAAACGUUCUAGAUGAACUGAUCGUUAUAUCUGAUGAUGAUGUAUCUCCAUUAGAUGUAGUAGAAGAAAAGGGAUGGAAACUAAAAUCCAAUGAGGAUGAACUAACUAAACUAUGUAUUGAAGUCUUAGAAAAUAAUCCUAAGUUGGUGAAACAAUAUAAAAAUGGUAAAACCAAAGUAUUUAAAGCACUUUUAGGAAUAUUAUCUAAGAGCAACAAUAAGGUUGAUAUGUCUGUAGCGUCUAAGAUUAUGGAAGGGUUAUUGAAAAAGUGAAAAUAAAAUGUAAAUCAUA